CGCUCAACCAAAAUGCCUUCUGCCAUUGUCACUGGAGCAACCGGAAUUCUCGGCCGGGGAAUCGUGAACGAGCUGGGGAGCAAGCCUGACGAAUGGUCAAACGUCUACGCCUUAUCGCGCUCAAAGAAAGACAGCUACCCAUCGAAUGUGCACCACAAUCACCUCGACCUGACCAGCUCUGCGGAGCAAAUGGCCAAGGACUUGAAGGAUAUCGAAGCCGAAUAUGUUUUCUUUGCAGCGUAUGUGGACGUCGGUUCCGCCGAUGAGAACAAUCGUGUUAAUGGCGACAUGUUCUCAAACUUCCUCAAAACAUUCGAAAUCAACGGAACCGUCUCCAAGAUCAAGCGUAUCAUACUUGUGUGCGGGCUCAAGCAAUACGGGGUUCAUCUGGGCAACCCCAAGCAGCCCAUGGAAGAAAACGACCCCUGGCUCCCAGAACCGCCCUCGAACUUCUACUACCGCCAACAGCGCACACUGCACGACUUCAGCAAGAAGCACAACACCGAGUGGGUGGUGACGUACUCGAACGAAGUCGUCGGGUUCGCCAAGGGCAACUACAUGAACCUCGCCAGCUGCCUGGGGCUGUACGCAGCCGUGCACACCGUCCUCGGCAACGGCAAAGAGCUGCCAUUCCCGGGCUCGCAAGCCGUCUACACCAAGUUCGACGUCUUCACGUACACCAAGCUGCACGCUCAAUUCUGCCGGUGGGCGGCGCUGGAGCCGCGCGCAGGGAACGCGGCCUUCAACGUCGUCAACGGCGAUGUCGAGUCCUGGCAAAACCUGUGGCCCAAGCUCGCCGCGCGCUACAACCUGACAGUGCCAGCUGACCAGUUCUCGCGCCCGGCUCCAGAUGCAUCGGAUUACCCGAUGGGCGACGUGGCGCCGCUCUCGUACUUCGCCAAGGAGCUCGGUGUGGAGGGCCACACGCCGCCGUCGCGCCUGCAGCAGCGGAUCGAUUUGGAGCGGUGGAGCAAGAAGCCCGAAGUCCGAGACGCUUGGGCGACGCUGGCGAGGCGCCACGGACUGGAUGAAGACGCUAUCGAGAAGGCGACGUGGGGGUUUGCCGCUUUUGUCUUGGGCCGCGACUACGAUCUUGUUGCGAAUAUGAGUAAGGCGAGGAAGCUGGGAUGGACGGGCUAUGCUGAUUCCUGGGAGAGCUUUGAAGAGGUUUUUGGCGAGUUGGAGGACGCAAAGGUCCUGCCGCGGUCUAAAUAA